AGAGGAUAUUCUAAACUCGAUUGAUCCUCCUACUAUUGAGAAAUCACAGCAACUGGAGUUGUCAAAGCAUGAAUCACGUGAGAAAAAUAGCUCAGCAGAUAUGGAAACAAUAUCAGGAAAUCAGGCUCAGCAAUUAUGGAAACAAUCUCAAGAAGGCAGGGACAAAUCAUAUUCAAAAGCAACGGUCAAAUAAUGUGCCGUUGAGCUUCCUCAAUAGCAGGUUGUUGCGUGCAUCUGAAUACCAAGUGUUGUGUCCUCUUGCAUCUGAAUUCACUCUCUUCCUGUUUUCAAAUCUAACUCACAAGAAAAUCAAACUCAUGGCAAAGAACCAGAAUUUGCUUACCAUUCAAAGCUUCCACCAGAUGGCAAGCCUUGUGUCGGUCAAGCUGUCAAGCACAAAUUUUCUGCUAUGGAAAUCACAGAUCUUUCCACUAAUUCGUAGCGCUCAACUCAUACAUCAUCUAGAAGAAGAGGCUCCAGCUGCAACGAUCAGCAAAGGUGGAAAAGAAGAGCUCAAUCCUGACUAUGCAAUUUGGCUAAAUAAUGAUGGCUUACUUACUAGCUGGUUACUUGGAACCAUGAAUGAAGAAGCAUUGAGCCUCGUCGUCGGCUGUGACUCAGCUUUUCAGAUCUGGAAGUGCUUAAAGGAACAUUAUUUGGCAUCAACAAAGGAGCAAGAAUUGCACCUUAAAGGCCAAUUAGUAGUCAAACGAGGAGAUGAUGAAUCUCUUGAAGAUUUCAUAAGAAAAUUCAAGAGAACUUGUGACAGUUUAGCUGCUAUACGUAAGCCUGUUGAUGACUUAGACAAAGUGUUUCAACUCUCCAGAGUAGUAGGGGGACGGUACCAGCCUUACAAUCUUGCUGUCUUAUCUAAGCCCCCAUAUCCUACCUUUAAUCAAUAUAUUGCAGGGUUACAAAACAAUGAAAGAGAUUUGCAGGUUGCUGAACAGGAAAGCAAGGAUAAAGUUCCAAACUAUGUCCAAGCCUUCGUUGCACAAAGGGGCAGAGGUCAACGUGGUAGAAGCAAUGGUAGCAGGAAUCCUAUGAUCAACAACAAUCCUAUACCACAACAAGCCAUACCACGAAAAUUUCAACCGAGAAAUUCAACACAACAAGGUGAGAAUCAGUGUCAAAUCUGUGGUGUUGCAGGCCAUACAGCCUUAAAAUGCUGGUACAGAUUUGACCAUGCCUAUCAAAGUGAAGAAUUACCUCAAGCUCUUGCAACGUUAAGCCUAUUGGAAGACAAGGAUCAAAACACUUAUGUUGAUACUGGAGCUACUGACCACAUGACCUCAGAUACAGGUAAACUUUAUACUAAAAGACCUUAUCGUGGUAAACAAAAAGUUUUCACAGGUGAUGGAACUCCCUUGCAAAUUUCGCAUAUUGGUUCUACCUCCAUUGGUUCUUUAAAACUUAAAGAUGUUCUAGUGGUUCCUAAUCUCAAGAAAAAUUUACUUUCUGUUAGUAAGUUUACUGAUGAUAAUUCAUGCAUUUUUGAGUUCUCAUCUAACGGUUUUGUGAUUAAGGACCAAGCAACACAGGCGGUGCUAGCCAGAGGCACUAGGAAAGGGCAGCUGUAUGCAUUGGAUGAAGAGGAAAAACAUGUUCUUGCUGUUAUUUCAAAUAAGGCUACUGAUUCUAUUUGGCACCAAAGACUAGGACAUCCAAAUUCUAGUGUUUUAAAAACUCUAGCAUCAAAGAACAGUAUUAUUGUAUCGAAUUGGACUAAGCCUUCCUAUUUGUGCACUAGCUGUCAAAUGGGGAAGAGUUAUGACUAUAGUAGGUUUACAUGGUUUUAUCCUUUGCAUAGAAAAUCUGACUUCCUUAGUGUUUUUCUAAAGUUUCAGAAGAUGGUUACAAAUCAGUUUCAUAAAAGCAUCAAAAUAUUCCAAUGUGAUGGUGGAGGAGAAUUCUCUAGUAGUGCUUUCAUUAAACACUUAGAAGACUGUGGCAUCAAGCAACAAGUAUCUUGUCCUGGUACUCCAAAACAGAAUGGUGUUGCAGAAAGAAAGCAUAGACACAUCGUCGAGACAGAUGGAGAAUUAUGCAAGUACCCUGACAGUGAUGAAUGGCUUCAAGCCUCAGCAAACUUACAACCUUCAAGGCACUUGGAUGAGAAUUUGUUGACUUUCUUGACACCUUCACACCGCACCAUCACUUCUAAUGAGGAGGAAAAUAAUCACAACAGCAACAACCUUAAAGGCAAUGUUGAAGAAACUAUAAGAGGUGCUCCCAAUCCCUGUCGAGAAGAAACCAAUGUGACACCAUCACAAAUCCUGACCAGAGAAGACAGCACUCAAUUAAAUAAUACUCAAGAGGAUUCCAGGUCUUCUCAAUCAUUCGAAGGAUCUAAUUCAAAAGAAUCAUCAUCCGCCCAAGAAGAAUCUGGAUCUCCUCAACCGUCGGAAGUCUCUGACUCUGCUCCCUUAGAAGCAACAGAUGGACAUCAGCACCUUGAGGAACCUGUUGUUUCUAGCCCAAGCUUAGCACGAAGUGGAACAACUCCUCCACCUCAUAAUGCUUCCUCGGUUUCCCAUCAUCCUAUGCUGACUAGAACCCGAACUGGAACUCAUACAGGACAUGUGAAGACCAAUUUUUCUAGACAUGCUCAUACUAUGACCACUAAUAAGUUUUCUUUGCACAUUGCAGGGCCUGACAUUCAUGAACCGAAAUCUGUCAAAACAGCACUAAAAAGCUCACACUGGGUCAAGGCUAUGCAAGAAGAACUAGUUGCCCUGCAAAAGAAUGCAACAUGGACACUGGUUCCACCACCUUCACCAUCUAUCAAUGUUGUAGGCUCCAGAUGGGUAUUCAAAACUAAGCUUCAUUCUGAUGGCAGUUUGGACAGAUUCAAGGCACGCUUAGUCGCUAAGGGAUUCUCUCAGAUACCAGGAGUAGACUUUGAUGAGACUUUUAGCCCUGUCCUUAAACCGACAACACUACGCUUAGUUAUAGCACUAGCCACCACCCUUAAGUGGCCUCUUCGACAACUAGAUGUGAAGAAUGCCUUCCUUCAUGGACAACUUAAAGAAACAGUAUAUAUGACUCAACCACCAGGCUUUGAAAAUCCAAGUUAUCCUAACUAUGUCUGCAAGCUCAAUAAAUCCAUCUAUGGGCUCAAACAGGCUCCAAGAGCAUGGUUUGAUACUUUCACCUUACAUCUUUUGAAAAUGGGUUUUAAGUGCAGCCAAGCAGAUUCCUCUCUAUUUGUACUUCAUACCAACCACGGCACUGCUUUACUUCUCCUUUAUGUUGAUGACAUUGUUCUUACUUCAAGUUCAGCAAGGCUUCUACAACAAAUCAUUGAUCAUCUUAGUGGAGAAUUUGCACUCAAAGACCUUGGCACUCUUAAUUAUUUUCUUGGAAUACAGGUCACUACAUUUGAUGGAGGCAUUUUCCUAUCACAAGGACAGUAUGCUAAUGAUCUUCUUAGCCGGACAUCAAUGCUUGAGGCUUCCACAAUUGCAACUCCAUUGGCUGUCAAAGAAAAUCCUACUUCAAGAGACAUGGAGCUGGUUGAUGCAAAAGAAUAUAGGAAAAUUGUUGGUGCUCUCCAAUAUUUGACUAUCACUCGAAUUGAUAUAUGCUAUGCUGUGAACAAAGUAUGCCAAUUUAUGCAGAACCCCACUCUUGCCCACCUCCGCCAUGUUAAGCGCAUCCUAAGAUACAUAAAGGGUACACUGCACUAUGGUCUUCGUUUUUACUCUUGCAACACCUUAUCUUUGACAGGUUUUUGCGAUGCUGAUUGGGCCGGCUGUCCAACUACAAGAAGAAGCACAACAGGAUACUGUAUUUUUCUUGGAGAAAAUUGUAUAUCAUGGUCCUCCAAAAAGCAACCAACUGUAUCACGAUCAACUGCUGAAGCAGAGUACCGGGCAUUAGCCUCCACCACAGCUGAGAUCGUCUGGCUCACCUAUCUUCUUCGUGAUAUUGGAAUUCCCUUGCUCUCCCCUCCUCAACUAUUUUUUGAUAACAUAAGUGCCCUCCAUAUGUCUAUUAAUCCAGUCUUUCAUGCUCGGACCAAACACAUUGAAUUAGACUACCACUUUGUUCGAGAGAAAGUGGCAAUUGGUACACUAGUGACAAGAUACAUGCCUAGCACUGAACAACUAGCAGAUAUACUUACAAAGCCACUGCCUCGACCACAAUUUCAGUUCUUUCGGUUCAAACUGGGAGUGGCUGCCUCACCCCACUCUAGUUUGAGGGGGAGUAUUGAGAAAUCACAGCAACUGGAGUUGUCAAAGCAUGAAUCACGUGAGAAAAAUAGCUCAGCAGAUAUGGAAACAAUAUUAGGACAUCAGGCUCAGCAAUUAUGGAAACAAUCUCAAGAAGGCAGGGACAAAUCAUAUUCAAAAGCAACGGUCAAAUAAUGUGCCGUUGAGCUUCCUCAAUGUCAGGCAUAAUUAUAGCCUCAAUCAACUUUUCUGUAAAUAUAAAUACAUCUCUUGUACACCAAUGAAUAUAGUGAAUACAAGUUCAGUAUUCUU